GUAAACAGAGACAACUAAAUGGAAAAUUUCUUUCAAGAACAAUUCUAUGGCGACGGCGAUAUAUUCUGGUUUAACUCUGAGUCUCUUCCUGUGCAUCGAAGCGCUUUUAUGCCGUAUGCUAACGGACCCAGAAUUGAAGUUGGGUCAGCGAGUAUUGGUAACGGGUCUAAAUCUUGGAGUGCCAACAAGAGAAUGAUAGAAUUCUUGAGGAGAAUUAAUCAGUCUGCAAAAAAGGAACCACUUAAACCAGACAGAGAACGGGGUCACCUGCAUAUGAUUAACGAGAGGAUGAGGAGAGAAAGGGAGAAGCAGAAUUACUUCGCCUUGCGUUCCAUGUUGUCAACUGGCACCAGGAUUGACAAGAACUCGACUGUUCAAAUGGCGGCGAUGAGAAUCCGGGAGCUGGAAUGUUAUAAGGUGGAACUUGAGAGGAGAAACAAUGAGCUAGAAGCGAAGCUGGGAAAGGAUACUAAUGAGGGAACAAAGAUUGGAAUAAGAGUAACUAAUCCAAUAUCUGGGAUUGAUUAUAUGGUCGAGGCUCUUAAAUCCUUGAAAAAGACGGGUUCAAGAAUCAGAAAUAUUCAAUCAGAAUUUUCUGAUCAGAAACUGACAGCGGUAAUACAUGCUGAAUCUCAGAUGGGAGAUGAAGAGUUGAAGAAGGCUGUUCAGAGAGCACUAAUAGAAGUAGAGCAGGAACUUCUUAUUCCAUUGCCAGGAAGUUUCGAAAGCCAAACAAGAAGAGAAAGAGGCUAGAAAAAGAAAUAAGCCAAUUACAAUACAAGUUACCCAGGCUUUAUAUAUAUAUAUAUAUAUAUACGUGCACGUGUUAGAAUGUGUGUUCGUCGUGUAAAACGUGAUUAAUUUCAAUACAUACUACUUUAAAUUGACUAAUACAACGAUUAUAUGUUUAAAUUA